GCUACGUCGGCGCGAGAUGGCGGAACUCACGUGGUACGUUCAGGUCUGGUCCCCGCUUGGCGCGAGCUACCGCGUUCCACGAUGACAGGCUUUCCACGCUCUGGUUGCCCUUAGGCAUGCGCGACAGACAUUCGGAUCAACUAGAAUACAGACUGAAGCCCUACGACUUCUCACCGGUUUGCGCUCUCGCCGAGGCUCCGGCUGCUUGCGGACCGGCCUCCUUCGUUCCGCUUCUCCCCACUCCGAAAGUUUAAGGUAGGCCCUGGGGCGCGGAGGACUUGGGUCCCGGCCAAGACGGUUGAGGCAUGCCUGCGUUGUCCCGCCGGUGAGGGAAGGAGGCAAGUUCGCCCUCGGCGCUGCAGCUGCGUAGUCCGGGCAGCUGGCACCAGGGCGGCGUCAGCUUACUGUUGGCAGGUCCCUGGGCAAACAGUGUGUGAGAUGGGACGGACGUCAAAGGAUAAGCGGGAUGUCUACUACCGCCUAGCCAAGGAGAAUGGCUGGCGUGCCCGCAGUGCCUUCAAGCUGCUACAACUUGACGAGGAAUUCCAACUCUUCCAAGGUGUGACGCGGGCAGUUGACCUGUGCGCGGCCCCGGGCAGCUGGAGCCAGGUGCUGAGCCAGAAGAUUGGGGGCCAGGGGUCCGGCCACGUGGUGGCCGUGGACCUUCAGGCUAUGGCUCCACUACCAGGUGUGUUACAGAUCCAGGGGGAUAUCACCCAGCUGUCCACUGCCAAGGAGAUCAUCCAGCACUUUGAGGGCUGCCCCGCGGACCUAGUGGUGUGCGACGGGGCUCCUGAUGUAACCGGCCUCCAUGAUGUUGAUGAGUAUAUGCAGGCCCAGCUCCUCCUAGCCGCUCUGAAUAUUGCUACACAUGUCUUGAAGCCAGGGGGCUGCUUUGUGGCCAAGAUCUUCCGAGGCCGGGAUGUGACACUGAUCUACAGUCAGCUGCGUGUCUUCUUCUCCACCGUGCUCUGUGCCAAGCCCAAGAGCAGCCGGAACUCCAGCAUUGAGGCCUUUGCUGUCUGUAAGGGUUAUGACCCCCCUGAGGGCUUCCUGCCGGACCUGACCAAACCCCUGCUGGACCACUCUUACGACACCCCAGCCCUGUCCUGCCUCAUCUCUCCCUGCUUGUCAGAUCCAGAUUUCAACCAAUUAGAUGGUCCCACCCGCAUCAUUGUACCAUUUGUGACCUGUGGGGACCUGAGUGCAUAUGAUUCGGACCGCAGUUACCCACUGGAUCUAGAGGACGGCUCAGAAUACAAGUAUACUCCGCCCACGCAGCCCCCCAUCUCACCACCAUACCAGGAGGCCUGCACCUUGAAGAAGAAGGGGCGGCUGGCCAAGGAGAUGCGCCCCCAGGACUGCCCCAUCAGCACAGUGGACACGUUGCCCCAGUCCCUGGCCGCCCCACAGCGCCACACCCUGCUGGCCUCUGAGGUGGAAGACAGUGAAAUGAACUGUUCGCCUUAAGAUGUUAAGUUAGCUGGCAAUCUGAUAAGGACUCGGAAGCUGUUUGCUGUCAGGAAAACCAGAACUUGAGUUGAUGAACUUGUUUUCAGAUAUCUCAUCAACCGGUCCUGAACAUACAAGCUCCGAGUGGGAACCUGCAGCAACCACCAGGAACACAGCGAGGAAAGAAACAUCACGGAAUGUCCGUCUGCACUGCAGAGGGGAUUCUUGAGUGGGGUCUUGCCUCUUCUCUAAAUCUUUCCAGCCGUGUCCUGAUUAUGUCCAGAAUUUACCCUGAGAGCGGGGGUUCUUAACCUUGGUAGAAGUCAGGGUUAUGUGUGGAUUUGAUGGAGGGAUAUAUUACAUCUUUAUUUUCACUAAAUAUAACUGAAAUUUUAGCUGUACCCCCGGAUCUGAAUGUUGGCGUCAAAUCACAAUAGUAAAAGCAGUGCCUGCAACUUCCACCAAUACAGAUCACAGUUACUUUUUUAUGUUAUGUUACAGUCGUUGCAGGCAUCUUAAAAUAUUGUUCACAUUGGUCACUACUUUGAAUAAGAUCUUAAAAUUUGAUGUAUUAAUAAAAAAAGUUCAUAUAGCA